AUGCGGGAAUACAUCGAUUUAGGACACAUGUCGAUCGUCGAAGAAAAACCUAUAGGGGGUUGCUAUCUUCCCCACCACGCGGUCAUUAAAUCAUCUAGCGUGACAACAAAGGUACGGGUCGUAUUCGACGUCUCCGCAAAAAAUGAUAAGAGACUUUCUCUUAACGACACCUUAUUAGUCGGACCUACAAUACAAGACACUUUAGUAGAACACUUGUUACGAUUCUUGAUGUAUCAAUACGUAUUAACGGCGGAUAUCGAGAAAAUGUAUCAGCAAAUAUGGAUUCAUCCAGACGAUCGCCAGUAUCAACGGAUAUUUUGGUGGCAUAAUAAACAAAUUCGCACGUUCGAACUAAAUACGGUGACAUUCGGAAUAGCGUCAGCACCAUUUCUUGUCAUACAAACCAUAAAACAACUCGCGAAAGAUGAAGGCGCUAACUAUCCACUCAAAGCCGAAAUACUAAACCGCGAUCUAUACGUUGACGACCUCAUUACGGGAGCUGAUAACAUCGAAACCUUCGGAAAGAGACGCGAUCAAACUAUCAAAAUAUUGAAACAAGGCGGUUUAAUAUACGACAGUGGGCGUCUAACUUCCGACCAGUGCUCGAAAAUUUAG